AUGUCUGCAGAGCCUGUCUCCUCGAAUCCUUUUAGGAGGAAAGGCCCGUCGAUAUCAACCUCGAGUUUCCCAGGCCCAGGCCCGGUGAGCACCUCCAUCCCGACCUCCACCAUCUUUACCUCUACCUCUACCUCUACCUCGACUUCCGACUCGGCGCACGCCGCCUAUCAACACCUACAAACGGAUCCUUCAUUGGGUACCCCCAACUCCAUUCCUGAGGUAAUCGGGCCACCGAAGAAAGCCACUAAGAAAGUGCGAGUCCAAUCCCCGCCUCCAUCGUCGCCUUCAUUACGAGACUCUGCCUCAACGAUAGGUGAGGAUACUUUUCCAAUAGCCCACAGACCGCCGAUUUCUAUACCAGGAGAUGAAGCGGACCCUUUCGACACCAUAUCCCCAGAUGUCUCGGACGAUGAAGCUAUCACUUGGCCCACAAAAGCUCCACCAAAUCCCUUUCAAAAGACGCUGGAGUCGAUGGAACGUCCCGAGCGAGAAGGGUCGGCCGUACCCGUACCAAGCGUCGCGAGCCCGGGAAGAGCAUCUCUCGAUGUGGAGGCAUUCAAGAGGCUCUUGAUGACUGGGAAUGCGGGACUAGGGACUUCCGCGCCAUCUCCUCCCGCCCUGGCACCUGCAGCUCAUCAUUCCUUGGGUGAUGGAUACAGCAGCACGGAUACAUCGUCAAUCUCGAGGCAGUCGAUAUUUGAAGCAAUACAGGAACCCCAACCCGAGUCACCUCGAACAUCGCAUGAGAUAUCUGAACCGGAUGAUUAUCGCAGGGGUCUGGUUUCAGACUCCCAGUCUGUGACUUCGGGCAGGAAGAAACCCCAUCCACCAAGCUCGAGACACGGGAAGUUGAUUACGGUCGAACUGCGAGAUGACGCUCCAGCAAAUACUCUGAAUUCUCCUCUUCCUCCGACCUCUACGACAAGGAAGGACACAAAUAACAGCUCUCUGCACUCCAACCCCUCGCAGUCCGACCUCAAUAAACCUCUUCCUCUAGCGCCGAACCGAGCUAGCCAUGAGUCGGACCGCGAAUCAAUUUUCGAUAGGGAAGCCGCUGGGAAAAUACCAGAAUCUACAUCGCCAUUUCCACCCAUAAAACGGAAGAUACCACCAGCUCCUCCCAUUAGCCGACGGCAUAGCCAUCGGAUACCAGACUCCAAUCUGGCCCGGAGUAACUCGGUCAGACUUUCUCCAAAGGUCGAGGAACGAGACAACGAGAUAGAUGCAGUGUCGGAAACUGGUAGGCCGCGCUCUAAUAGUGCCAAAGCUCCACCACCACCUCCAUCUCGGCGGCCAGCAGUAACUCAGAACUCCUCACAUCACUCUCCAUUAUCAUCACCAUCUACCGUCUCAUUACCUGCUCCUCCUCCAGCACGCGGGACAUCUCGACAGUCGUCUUCUGGCAGACCGGUAUCUGUCCUUAGUCUGGACAUGACGACAAAUAACAAACGAGCAUCCGUUGCGCCGCCACCCCCUCCACGAUCACGCCAUGGCCGUAGUAGCCUGGAUGCACCGUCGCCGGGAGAAUCUCGAAGGCUGAGCGGCGAGCAAUCACGGCAGAGUAUCGACAGUAAUCAGCAUGAUCCCGAAGUGUCAUCCCCGCCGCAGGCAAAGGGGGUUGAAGGUCUACCCGGUGGCCAUGAUAUAUUGGCUGAUCUCAGCGCCCUGCAGAGAGAGAUAGAUGCUCUUCGAAGUCAAUCUGAAAAGGAACGAGUCACAUGA